AUGGAAAGGAAUGAAGAAGAUGAAAUUUUAAUGGAUAUUGAAGAUGGCAGUGAGGAUUCAAUUCAAGAAAUACCACAAGGCUCGCAAUCUUCUUGCCAUAAAGAUAAGGCGAAAAAAGUUCAACCGUCAACAAAAAAGAGAAGACUUUCAUCUAGAGUUUGGUCACACUUUAGUAUGCUUCCUCGAAAUUCAGACGGGAAACUCGAAUGCAAAUGCAACAAGUGUGGGGCUAAGUAUGCAGCUGAUAGCAAAAGUGGUACAGGAAUGUGGAAUAUCUUUAAGUACUUGGAACCGAGAGUUUGCCAUUUCUCUAGAAACACUGUAAAGUCUGACAUUAAGAAGAUUUAUGGUGUUGAAUUUAAUAGACUGCGUACUGAGUUACUUGCAUGCCCUGGUAGAAUAUGUUUAACCUCUGAUGCAUGGACUUCUAUUGCAACUGAUGGGUACUUGAGUUUGACUGCACAUUAUGUAAACAAGAAUUGGGUGUUGCAAAAAAGAAUUUUGAAUUUUUCCUAUAUUCCACCUCCACAUACAGGGGUUGCUUUGGCUGAAAAGAUUUAUAGUUUGGCUUGUGAUUGGGGUAUUGAAAAGAAGUUGUUUUCUAUCACUUUGGAUAAUGCUAGUGCGAAUGAUGUUUGUGUUGAAAUAUUUAAAACUCAGCUUAGGUUAAAGAAUGCUUUGAUCUUUGAUGGCACUUUGUUUCAUGUUCGAUGUUGUGCACAUAUUCUCAAUUUGAUUGUACAAGAUGGUUUGAAAGAGAUUGACAUUGCUGUGGAUAAGAUUAGAGAAUCUGUGAAAUAUGUUAAGGGUUCUCAAGGAAGAAAGGAAAAGUUCAAGAAUUGUGUUUCCCAAACUUCUCUAGAUUCUAAAACAGCAUUAAUGCAAGAUGUUCCGACUAGAUGGAAUUCUACAUAUAGAAUGCUUUCUAGUGCUCUUUACUAUCGUCUUGCUUUUUGCCAUCUUCAAUUGAGUGAUUCUAAUUUUCAAAAUUGUCCAACUGCAGAAGAGUGGGAAAGAGUUAAAAAAAUAUGUGGAUUUCUUGAAGUUUUUCAUAAUGCAACUGUGGACUUUUCUGGAUCUCGUUAUCCAACAUCAAACUUGUACUUUCCUCAUGUCUUUGUAAUUCAGUUGAAGUUACAUGAAGAGUCGUCUAGUCAGGAUUUGUAUAUGAAGAAGAUAGCUGAUCAAAUGUUUGUCAAAUUCAACAAAUAUUGGUGUGAAUUCAAUGUUUUAUUUGCAAUUGCUGUGAUAUUUGAUCCUCGGUACAAGUUUCAGUUUGUUGAAUUUAGUUAUGGAAAGCUUUAUGGUUAUGGGUCUCGGGAAUUAAUGAAAGUUAGAGAAACACUUUUUGGUAUUUUUGGUGAGUAUAUGAAAGAUUCAAAUACUAGUCCAGCAUCAUCUUCACAUUCUCAAGGAAGCAAAGAGGUCAAUGCUCUUACAUUUCAGGAUGAUAUUAGUAAAGAAUCUUCAAAUGUUUUGAAGGAAUUUGAUGAAUCUGAGGAUUUUGAGUUUGCUGUUAGUGCUCAAAAAAGUCAAUUGGAGAUGUAUUUAGAUGAACCAAGAAGUAAAAGAACAUCUUCAAUUAAUGUACUUGAGUUUUGGAGAUCUCAACAAUUUAGAUAUCCAGAGUUAGCUAAAUUAGCUAGGGAUGUUCUUGCUGUUCCAGUUUCAACAGUUGCAUCUGAAUCGGCUUUUAGUCUUGGUGGUAGAAUUCUUGACCAAUAUCGUAGUUCAAUGUCUCCACAAGUUGUUGAAGCCUUAAUAUGCAGCAGAGAUUGGCUCUUUGGAGAAAACUAUAUAUCUCUGGUCAAAUUGGAAGAUGUAACUCAAGAUAUUAUGGCUUUGGAUCUCAACAAAGGUGAAGCGGAAUCUAGUUUGAUGGAAGGUACAAAUUCAAAUAUUGGGUGGACUGGUGGAGUGCUCGGUAGAUCUCAAAAUAAAAGCUGCUCUUCCUCUUGCGGUAUCCUUGACGAUGUUGGCUGCCCGUUCCGCCUACAGAGUACAGACUUCAUCUGUGAAUCAGGAAAAGAUGCAGUCUUGCAUAAGUUGUCAUCUACAAACAAGUACCUGGUCACCGAAAUAUCAUAUAAUCAAUUGCAAUUCAAGCUCGUCUAUGCCGAUUAUGUCACAGGUUCUAAUAAAUGCGUGCUUCCCAGAUAA